CAGGUCUAAUGAUGAUCAGAUCCGGCCUCGCCAGCGUCGUAGCCGGGGUGGUAUGGGGAGCCAGUCUCGGGGUUCUUCCAGCCAUGUUCAGGAUUCCGUUUCGCCCCACAGCUCAUACCAUACAUCUCCCUCUCCAUUACUCGCUCCUGCUGCUCCCGCUCCCGCUGCUGCACCCGCUCCUGGUCCCGCUGCUGCACCCGGUCCUCUGGGAGUGAUGAGGGUUGCGGAGUUGGUUCGACAGCCCGGUCGUGACCAUCUUCCCUAUCUCACUGAGUAUCCACAUGGACAUGGUCAAACAUGGUUCAACCGAUCCGGGAAUGGGAUCAGCGCAUGGAUCAACCGUAUGAUGUACUCGGCCCUCGACAGCGGACAUCCGACUUUCACUCACUUCCCUGGCCCCAUGGCUCCCCAUCCUAAAGUUGACGAUUAUAUCUACACGUUUGACUGA